AUGGUGCCACAAGAGACCGAGCAACAACGCCCUCAGGGCAUUCCGUCACGUGCUGUUUCCCGCUCACAGCAAGACAGAAUGGAGUCUGCCGCCCCUCUGCAACGUCGAGGUCACGUACGCAAGCAGUUCGUCCUGUGCUUCGAUGGCACGGGUAACAAGUUCAGCGGGACUGAUGCCGAUUCCAACAUCCUCAAGGUGUAUCGCAUGCUUGACCGCAAUGGCGAUGAUCAAUUCCAUUACUAUCAGCCUGGCAUCGGGACCUAUGUUGCGCAGACUAACAGCUCUAUGUCUAAGAGAGGGCGAAUCGACAGACUCAAACACUGGUACGCAAAGGCAAAAGACAGCGCCGUCGGCACGUCGUUUGAUCUCCACGUUAUGGCUGGCUAUCGGUUCUUAAUGAGAUACUACACACCAGGAGACGACAUAUAUUUCUUCGGCUUCUCAAGAGGUGCAUACACCGCUCGCUUCUUAGCGGAGAUGCUUGAUCACGUCGGUUUACUAUCAGCUGGUAACGAGGAGAUGUGCCACUUUGCCUGGAAGACAUUUCAGAAGUGGCAAUGCCGGUUGGAAGGCGACGAGGAGGAGAAGAAGGAGAAGAGGAAGCUGCUCGAGUUCAUGUGCGCAUUCAGGGAAACGUUCAGCCGCCCGGUGCGUGCGAUCCGCUUCCUCGGUCUUUUCGAUACGGUCAACAGUGUGCCACACUUCGAGAAUGCAUGGAUGCAGCGCAGCCGGUUUCCCUAUACCGCAAGGAGUUCAGCGCGGGUCAUACGGCAUGCCGUUUCGAUUGAUGAGCGGCGUGCAAAGUUCCGGCAGGACCUCAUCUCACAAGCGAAACCAGACCAUGCGAUGCUUUACAAACGACACCAUAGGCGUCAUCACAUGAAGGAGCCUUCUAACAGCGGCGACACGAACGACGAUGAUGAUAUGUGUCAGGACGAAAAAGACGCCGAGCAGCCUAGAGGGCGUCGCGAUACCCUCGCUCCGCCUCAAAACUUCAGAAACCCACACGAGACUUCAGGCGUGCGUAACUUGAGCCCAAACUAUUCGUGUAGUGGCGUAUCGAUACAAUCGACGGAUCCAAUUCACACACAGGACUCUUGGGAUGAGGAUGAGGGUGAGCAGGAUAUUCAAGAGGUGUGGUUUCCGGGCUGUCAUGCGGACAUUGGCGGAGGCUGGCCUCUCGACUCAGGUCACGAAGCUGCUUUGAGCCACGUGCCUCUAGUAUGGAUGGUUCGCGAGGCACAGAAAGCUGGCUUAGAGUUUGAUGACGAGAAGCUUGAAGCUUUGAGCUGCAGCCACGAAGAUCGCACAUUUGGCGGCCCGCGUCGUCAGACAAUAGUUCCCGCCAUCGCUGUCGACCCAGCUUCGCCCGCUCUCGACGGUAGCCAAGCCAACAGGAACGAAGCAGCUGACGUCUUUAUUGACGCCCAGCACACGCUGAUCCAUCAUCACACCCACCCGGACACUAGUUUCCACAGAAAGCUUCACUACGCCGCCACACAGGGCCGCAUACACGACGUGCUUCGGUUUGACAACGGUGCUGGAACAAUGGGCGUAGUAUCCUGGAACAUCAUGGAAUACCUGCCCUUCCGCCGUAUGGAUCUCUGCGAAGACGGGUCCUGGAAAGCCAUCCGUUGGCCACUACCCAAAGGCGAGACACGCGACAUCCCAGCCAAUGCCACGAUCCACUCCAGCGUCAUCAGGCGUAUGCUCGCAGAUCCGACCUAUCGGCCCGGCAAUCUGAUUGUCGGUGGCGGAGGGCGAGGCGUAAGGAGAGCCCCCAAAGAUAUGGGUAUCGGCAAGUGGAUAUGCUCUGGCGAGGAUGGACAUCCCGUGGGCGAGUGUUUUGUCAGGAAGGAAAAGCCGGUCAGGAAGGCGACGGAGCAGAGCUCGCAUUCUAACGUCAUGCCGAGUGGACCUCAGGGGAACUACUUUUCUGGUCGGUGA